AUGGAGCGGCAAUUCAUCCUUAGAUUGCACGAAGCAAUAAAGCAUAUUGUCGACCUCAAGAGCUCAACAUUGGAUGUAUGCAGCGACAAGUCUGUUGCACUGACACACAAUGGCAAGAGAUACCCGGGGAUAAUUGUAAGGCUUCCAUGCAUAGUUGAGUCUCAGAAGACCAUGGAUAGCAGGCAGCACUACAAGGUUGCAGAUAUAUCCACGCUUGUGGUUGUGUAUCCACACGAUGGCUUCGACUUUGAUAGAGAGAGGGAGAUGCACGAGCUGAGCGGUCUGUGCCCUCCACUAAAAUAUGUGAAAGCAAGGAGAUUCAGAAAGAAGAAUAGCAAGAUCGAGUAUGUCGAAGAGAUUGAGAGGAGGGUCAAUGAGUUAUUGGAGAAAGACAUGAGGGCGAUGUCUGUUGAGGUGAUUACGAAGGAGGAAAAGGAAGGCUCUGACGAUCUAGACAUGCUGGCAGCGGAGAUUGAGAACAAAUUGGCGGAUUACAGCGAGGUUCAGCAGGAGGAGGUUUGCGCGCAUCCCCCUGAGGCUGAGGAGAAGAAGGAGGAGAAGCCAAGAAACAAAGAGCUCGAAAGGUUGGAGAAGAGUAUUGAAGAGAAGAGGAAGCAGAUGGAAAAUGCGCUGAAUCCUAUUCUUCAGAAGAGGUUUGAGUCGCAGCUUGAAGUGUUGAUGAAAGAGCUUGAGGACAUGAAGAAGAAUCUAGAAACGGAAUGA